ACCCCGUUAUUGUUUAUUAUAGUUUUUACAAACAAUAAACAUUGCGAAACAUUUUAUCAAUUAAAUUGCUCAAUCUUGCUCCACAUUAACGCACCGACGAUUCAAGGAUGUCACAUUUUUUACACACCAGAUAUCCAUUCAACCAGAAAAAGGUCAUUUCGAAGCCUAGUGCACUAAACUUGGUUUGUUAUUCUGUCUCUGAACAUCACUGAAACAAGUCGCUUUGAAAAAUGUCGAAAUUCACGGGAAAUAUUGUUUUUAUUUACUGUUGUGUGGUUACCCUAGUGGUAGGGGUGUACAUUGCCAAAGAAGAAUGUCCUCCAAACGAAGAGUACCUCCUCUGCGGCACUGCCUGCCCCUUCAACUGCUCCAACCCUGGGCCGGUUCCUGUCAGCUGUUCUGAUGACUGCAUCGAGGGCUGCUUCUGCAAGUCUGGCUUCCUGAGGAACGAUACUGGAGAGUGUGUUAACGCUGAUGAGUGCAUUGGAGAAACCAACCCAAUCUGCUCAGCCAACGAAGAGUUCCUCGCUUGCGGCACAGCCUGCGCGCGCACCUGCACCGACCCUGAGCCCUUGAACUGUGGUCUGGCCUGCAGUAUGGGCUGCUUCUGCAAGUCGGGAUACGUCAGGGACCAGAAGACGAACAAGUGUGUGACGUUGGACAAGUGUCCAGUUUCCCCUGUUGCCUGCAGUAUGGGGUGCUUCUGCAAGUUAGGAUAUGUCAGGGAUCGGAAGACGAACAAAUGUGUCACGUUGGACAAAUGUCCUAUUUCCCCUGUUGGAAAGUAG